AUGGAUGUGCAGAAGCUACAGCAUUUCUAUGGAGCAAAGACUGACUGCUCCGAUACUGUGGAUAUCGAUAUCUCCUCCAGCGUAGAGAUCCAGCUGGACAGAGGACGGCGUGCUCACUUUUGUGCCCGAUGGAAAUCAAGACAGCCUCGUCAACCCAACUGCGGGCCAGCGAUACGAUCGUCAAUAGGAUUUGGGGUUUUUUCUUCCGUGCAAAAGUCCCGGCGGUCUGGGCAUAGUGAUUCGUACUUCGCUUUCGUUCUGUCGGUCUAUGAUGUCUAUCUAGUAUCUAUCUAUUCGAGCUGGCAAGGAUUGUGA